AUGGAAAGAAGGGAGAAAAAUGGAGGAUUUUCUGUUCCUCAAUUUGGUGGGUGGGACUCCAAGAACCCAGUACCUACCGACUAUUCCAUGGUGUUCACAAGAGCUCGAGCUAAUAGGAAGCAGCAUAAGUCUGAUGUCAGGCACGCCAGCCUUGGAAAUGAAAGGGAAUUGCUUGCUGCUGCUCACCAACAAGAAGACCCUGUCAUGAAGAGAAAGAAGAUCUUGACCUACAUUAAUUGCUGUAUUAGGCCUUGA